AUGGCCCAGUCUGUCAUGAGCCCGAUGGUAUUCUACUUGUGGUUCUUGGUUAUUAACAUGGUGAGACAUUUUGUCAUGCAUAAUCAGCAUAAUUGGUAGAGAUCGUGCAACAUUUUCACUUUGUCAUGCAUAAUCAGCGCGUCCAUUUUAGACUGUGAUGCAAACACCCCUACACACAUCAAAACGAAGGUCAAGAACUCGCCAAUGGCGACGGCGGAGAGCUUUAACAGCAUGAUGCCGACUAUGCACUGCAAAAGCAACGUUGUACUUCUACUUGUCGUAGUAAUUGCAAAAAUGCAUGACAAACCUAGUUUCUUAGGUCAUUCAGCAUGACAAAUUAUCCCAUUUGCCAUGCUGAGAAAAUUUGUAAUGCAAAAACUACGACAAGCACGAAUAAACUUUUGCACUGCAUACUGACGGGUUUGAAGGGAAAGCUUGCUUCGUUGGAAGACUUCAUUUCCAUGCAAAACGAGGAGCUCGCCGCCCAGCGACAGGAAAUCGAGUCUCUGCGUACUUACUAGAUUAGAGUUUGAUGUUUUUUUCGGUUUAUGGUACUUUCGCAUGACAAAGCUGUCUGGCUAUCUAUUGUCUUGUUUUUGCAUGACAAAUCAAUCUAUGACUUUUGUCCUAAAAAAUGAUCUCCAGGUAACGACAAGCAGAACAUCGAACAGCACUACCAGGCCCAAUUGCAGGAGUUAUCACAAGUGAACAGGUUGAUUCGAUGCUUUACUCAUGCAAGGCUCAUCUUGCGCAUGACAGAUUGUAGAUGUACUCACUGUCAUGCGUAGCAAGAUGAAAGUAGCUGCAUGGUAGUAGAAGUACUUUGAAUCGUUUUUAAUGCUGCAUAGCAUCUGAAGAAGACAAUGGUUGCCGAUGUCCAGCGGAUGCAGGAUGAGGUCAAGCGCCACUUCGCCCAGCAGCGCGCGGUAUCAAUUGUUCUUUGUCAUGCAGAACGACGCAUAUAGAAAUAUCGUUUCUCAUGCUGGAAGUUGCAUCACAAUUAAAUUGAAAUUUGUUGAAUUAUCGAAAAAAUCACCAAUUUCCAGGACAACGCCCGACUGCAGCAGCAGAUUACCACUCUGAAGGGCGAGAAGACGUCCCUUAUGAAAAAAAGAAAUUGUUUACAAACGCUAAUUUCCCAUGCUGAAGUUUAUUUUCGCACAGAAAUUUAUUGCACGCAUGCCACAACUUGCGACGGGCUACGGCUACCAGAGCACACAGAUAAAGCAACCAUUUAAUUAUGCUGAAAGAAGCGAGAAGAUGGUGAUGGUCUUCAUUAUCGUGCGAAAUAAAUGUGCAAAGGAAGUGAUCGUUUCCACAAGUUUCGCGUCAUACUGGUGCAGCAACAAAUCCUGGGCUUGCAGCGCCGCAUCCAAGAAAUCGAGGAGCAGAUCGGUUGUGAUUAAACGGUAUCAGUUUCCGGAUUUAUUUUGUCAUGCGGUUCAACAAGGUUCUGAUUCAUGUCGUUGCUUAAGUAGGUAGCCCAACAUCGUUGUCAUGCAAGGACAGCAUUACAGAUACAGACGUAUGCUGUGUCUUGUUCUAGUUGCGCCGCCCCUCUUCAAGUGAAAGUGCUUGCCAAGUGGAGAAAUGAUCGCAAAACACGCCUCAGGUUUUCUGAUCGGAGAAGAAAAAAGUUUCGGGAAAAAAGAAAGGAUCAGACAUCAUCCAAGUUUCAAGAAUAAUCACACAGAAUAAAUAGUAGAGACGAGCAGUUCGGCUGUCUCUAACUAUGAAAAACCGAUUUAAUGUUUUCACACCUAGAUUUUGCGGACCAUCACACAGGAAAUGAUAUUGAUGUGUGUAUGAAUAAGCUUGUAGGCCGAUGUUGACAGCUAUUCUACCGCAUUCGAAGUCUCGAAGUAAAAAUGCUUUGUAUGGACUGGAAGAAAGACAAUUUUAUGUUUCAAGAUUUGUUGUCAAAAGUUUCGUAUUGUUGUUUUACUAUCAGACACUUUAUUUAACAGAUCGUUUUAUUUACUACUAAUUGUCACAGUUAUUUUAUCAGUUAUCAGACCUCCUAUUUAUUACAGCAGAUCAAUUGCACAGCAGAGUAUCAGACUUGUUUCGCAGAUCAGACUAGUAAUCCAGUCGGAGUGGAUCAUUAUUUUCCACGACUGAGUUACGAAAACACCAGUUUCAGAAGUAGCAACCUCAUAAUUGUGGCUGAAGAUGUUGACAAUAAAUGCAAGUUCAAGUUGAUCUUCACUCUCGUGGUGUUUCACCAAAACGAACAAACUGUAUCGAAAAAAAUUACAUAUGAUCAGGGCGCAGGAACGCAAUACAAUGGGUUACUAGAUACCUCUUUCCCAUAGCUGCAGGUAGAAAUAAAACAGGACUAGUUGCAAACCGUGACUUCUUUUUACCACGCUAGGAGCCGAGCUUAAGCGGCGAAAUACAAAUAUGAUUGACUGUAGCUCCCAUGCCUACCAGCAUGCAGCUGCGAUAGCGAACUGUUAUUUUCGCCUCAAAAAGAAAAUCCCGAACCCGAAGCUGCAUUUUUCCUGCACAAAUGAAGAAACGCAGUCUCAUCUUACUUGCACAGAAUCAUACAGAGAAAGAAUACAACUAGCCGACCAAAGAACGCUCUGUAAAAAGUCACGACACUAUCGCCACGAGGUUUGCUAACAGGCAUUAUUCAGGGCUUCUAGUUAUACUAAGCAUGAUAUUAUCGUCAGCUCUACUCUGAUAAUGAAUUUGCAAAAAGCACUCUACUUCUAAAAUAUUCUGUAGUUUUGUAAAUAUUUAGGAAUACAGUACAAAAUUUUUAUACCGCUAUUGUAAAUGAACCUAAAGUUGUGAUCUCUCUCGCGAUGAAGCUGCAUCUACUAAAGGUCUAUCAAAAGUAAAAAUGUCUGCGUCUGGGAACUUGUGAUGCUGGGUGGCGUCUCAUGAUGAGGCUACAAAUGCUCGCUCAGCAUGACACGUUUCUGAGCUCCUAGGUGUUGCCUAUUCUGCAUGACAAACUGCGCGUCUGCAUCACAGAAAAGCGGAGCUCUUCUGCAAUGUGCAUGACAGAUUUAAGAGUCAUGCCAGACAAGCAUGUCAAACAUGAAUUCUUGCAGACCCAGACAUUUUUACAUUUGAUAAGGUCGCGGCUACAACCAAAGCAGAUCGAGCGCCCCGGCUUUUGAGCCAAAAAUAUUAACUGCCGGACGACCUCUACAUGCUCCCCAGUCCGCACCUAAAAGAUAAUAAAGUUUGACUCGAUUUGCAUUUGGUGCCUCAGUAGAGAACUACGAAGACCCGAUCUUUAUUUUGCUGUUGAUUCGCGGGAAGGUUAGAACUUCUUUCUCAAACCGCUCGAAAAUUCUCUACCUGUACACGACUUCAAGCG